AUGGGGUUGGUGGAGGGGGGAGGAUGGCGUGCCUUUGUGUACACGACUUUGAUAACGAUAACUACUACCACCACCACUACGACAAAUACCAUUACCUCUACAACUAGCACCACUACGACAACUACCACUACCUCUACAAUUAGCACUACUACGACAACUAUUAAUACCACUACAACUAUCACCACUACGACACCUAUUAAUACCACUAUAACUAUCACCACUACGACAACUAUCACUACAACUACCACUACAACUACCACUACAACUACCACUACCUCUACAACUACCACUACCUCUACAACUACCACUACCUCUACAACUACCACUACCUCUACAACUACCACUACAACUACAACUACCACUACCUCUACAACUACCACUACCUCUACAACUACCACUACCUCUGCAACUACCACUACCUCUGCAACUACCACUACCUCUGCAACUACCACUACCUCUGCAACUACCACUACCUCUGCAACUACCACUACCUCUGCAACUACCACUACCUCUGCAACUACCACUACCUCUGCAACUACCACUACCUCUGCAACUACCACUACCUCUGCAACUACCACUACCUCUACAACUACCACUACCUCUACAACUACCACUACCUCUACAACUACAACUACCACUACCUCUACAACUACAACUACCACUACCUCUACAACUACAACUAGCACCACUGCGACAACUACCACUACCUCUACAACUAGCACCACUACAACUACUACUGCCUGUACAACUAGCACCACUACAACUACUACUGCCUCUACAACUAUCACCACGACUACCACUCUUACGAUUACUACUACCACCUUUACAACUAUUUCUGCCACUACUACAACAACUUCUGUGUCGAUAAACAGAAGCAUAUUCCAGAAUUGUUUUCAUUGUGACUUUCUGCCUGCGCUUCAUGGCUUGUAUCAGAGGCGCAGUGGCUGAGAUGCUGGACUCGCGUUACAGGAAACGAGGAUCGCCUAACCAUCCAUGCGGAUUUAUGUUUUUCGCACGGUUUCCCUGA